AUGAAGCAGACCGCUCCCAUCAUCGGUGGCAUGAAUGCCCUGCGGCUUCCAGCCUUCCAGAACUUGGGCCCCUUGAACGUGAUUUGGACUCCUUGCGGCUCCUUCCACCACCAGCAGUUGAAGGCCUGGAAAUCCGGACAGCUCGAGUCCGCCAAGACCCAGACCUUCCUCAGCACCCAGAAAGAUGUAGACCAGAUCUACCAGGGCUGGAAGGAGCAGCUGGGCUACACCAACGUGUCAUCCGCGCAGACUCCCUCCAGUUUCAUUGGGCCAGGAAGGCCUCCCUGGACCAGUCCAGCCGCGGUGACCCGAACAGCAAGCACGUGCCGGCGGCCUACAUCCAGAAGCCGUAAGCUGGAUGACAUUCUUGUCGAGUUGGAUACACUGCUUUGGCAAUGUUUGGGACCCUGGGCACGAGAUCCCACCAUCAAGUGCCACUAUAGCCGAGCCAAUCUGGGCAACUCGCACCCUGACACGCUGAAGCGCAUCUUCGCCUUACCCGAGCUGCUGGAGCGCUGCGGCCGGCUGACGGAACCGUCAUGGCUUUUUGGGGCCCUGGGACCCUUGAAGCAGGCCGAGCUGCUCUUCCGUGAGGAGCUCGAGCUGUGUCGCGGAAUCUAUGGCGCGACAAAGGAGACGCUAAACUGGGUCGGGAACUUGACCAAGUUCCUGAAGGAGUUGCAGCUUACGCAGGAUGGGGCGGCGGAGGACUGUGCCCUGAGAGGUGUUUGCCGAACAACCGCCGAGCCCCCGAGUGGCCGCAGAGGAGCCGCGGCCAUGAUGCGAUCGCUCUUCUCUUUCCGGGCCGCUGAAACAGAGGAGCUCCGAGCCCACUCCUGA